AAGAAAUCUAUGAUCAAAUGUCAGUGCAUAGUGUCAAUCUGUCAAUAUUAUCUAUGAUGUCAACCUAUAAAUGUCAUUUUAGCAUGUAAUGUCAUAACUCUUCCAAAGUGUUUCAUUUAAACAUAAAUACGUUUGCAAUUGUAAAAAAUGGUAGAAACAGUGAGUGUAUCAAUUUCUGGCUUCGCUUUUUCUCUUCUUUUGUACGAGAACGUUAAAUGUAAUUACGAUCAGGAGGGUUUCUUAUUGGGAGAAAUUGCGGUAACAGAAAGAAGUAAAGUAACUGACGCAGAUCAAGAAGUAGUAAGCAUUGAUAAAGUUAUACGAAUUAACUCAAUUUUGCCUUGUCCGCAACAAUGUAGCUUUUACAAUCGAGCUGGAAAGGUUGACAUUCAAAGACUUAAUGAACUCUUAGGAGAAAACGCAACUAAAGUCGUGGCGUGGUAUAAGUAUAAAAAAAUCAAUGGUUUUAAGCUGACGUUGCGUGAAAAAAUUAUUCAUAAACAGCUAGUGGAUCUAUUUGGUGAUUUGUUUUCAAUGUGCGUUUUAAUGUGUGACAGUUCAGAAAAUUUUUCAACACAUUCCUUUUAUCAAACUUUCAUCAGGUAUUAUGAUGGUUGUUAUCAAGGAAUUCCUUUACACAUAGUCAAUUUAAGCCAGAAAAAUGAUUGUUACAAAGUAGCUGAAACUCUGCCUGAAGAGUUUAAUAAGAUUGUCAGUUCUCUGAAUAUUGAUUUAGAGACUUCUCAAGGACUAGUAGUUGUAUCUAAAAUACAAGAGGCCUUACAAAAGCACAUUGACCAUUUGGUUUUAAAUUUAGAUGAGUCUGAAAAAGAAUUAUUUGAGUUAGAGGAAGAAGUUAAACAACUCAAGCAGAAUUUAAUGUGGAAACGUCAAUACAGUUGUAGUGUUGAUAAUCAUUUGAACAGUGAUUUAAUUAAUGGGACAGAAGAAAAUAUAAAUAGUGAUAAUUCUUCAAAUAUCUUAUCUCAAACAGUAACAAAUAUUUCUGAACAGAGAACUAAACAUAAAGGUUCAAAGAGUGCUAAAAAGGAUGUAAGCAAUACCAUAAAGAAAGACAGUGGUUGGAUAAACAUGGAAGCCAAUAUAACAACAAGAUCAAGGAGUAGGACUUCAAAAUAGUUUAGAAUAUAAUGGCUCAAUUUUAAUAGGCCUUUUACAACUUACCUGUUCAACAGAAUAACUAAAAAGAAUUAUUUCUCAAUGUUUUCUAAAAAGUUGAUUAUAAUUUUCUUAAGCUACCAAUCUUAAGUGUUUUUAGAGCCUGUGUUUUUAUACUUUUAAGAAGAAAUCAAUUGUAGAAUUUUUUUUUUUAACAUUUACAUUUUGCUUAAUUCUGAUCCAUAUUUUUGUGAAAGUAUGUAUAUAAAGUUAUAUAUUCGGUGUUUUUAAAUCCGUGUCUGCUUGGAUAAUAAAUCU